AUGGACCUUGAACAAGAUAUCGAUAAUCUCGGCAAGACCGCUGCAACAAUGAAAAUUGGAGAAACCGAAGCAGAGAAAUGGAAGAGAGCGGCAUCGAAACCAGACACAAGAUUCCUCCAUUACACCAGCAAGCACACAGACCGAAAUUUUCCACCAAGCUUCUACCAAUCAGGCGAUUAUAACACCAGACCAGAGAACCGUCCGCGGACAGCCGAUGCGAUGAGGGCGAAGAGAAAGCGUACCGACAAUGAUGGGAAGUCUGCGUUGAAGCGAACGAAAGAACAAAAUACGACCACGGACGAUGUGAAAGUUAAUGCUGUCAAGUUGCUUUAUACGACCUACAUUAUGAAAGGAGGAGUAGACCGAGCAGGGGUGGUUCUAGAUGAGACAGAGUUCACAGAAAAACUUCCUGCGCAAUUCUGGCAGUCUGAGACGCCAGGAGUGUGGACAUUGGAGGAUGUCACACCAUACAUCGCGGCUACCGAACCACCACACACUCCCAAUCAGACGGUCGAACAGGCUCCCAUAGAGCUCGAGAAGCCUCCAGAGAAAACAGAAGAAUUCUUGAAAUGGGCUAAGAAAGAAAUCACAGAGUAUUCUAAGCCCGAUUCUCUCAGGUUCAGGUUGGCCCUGAGCUGGAUGAAGAGCCCAGACUUCCGCAAGAAGGGCUUCCGCACGGCUCUGGAGGUGCUACAAGCACAUCUCGGAAGGGUGGCGACAGCUGCAAGCAACGCAGAGGCCGUGAAUAUCCAUAUCCAAGAGUCGCGCGAAAGCCUGGGGUCCUUGAUGAAAUCGUCUGAGCAAUUAGCGCGUCAGCUUGGACAGAGACGGGACGAGCUCACCGAGAGGGUGAAGGCUUUCGGGAAAGAGGUGGAAGCGGUGGGAUGA